UAUGUGCAGAGACUAAAACUCUAUUUAAACAAGUCAUACAGAUGCGUUGUCAUCCAGAAUGGGCACACAUUUCGCCGCUGCUGGUUUCUUGCACGAGCUCUUCAUUACUAAUUCCGCCAAGCCUCGAUAAGUUUCUAAGAAGCAACUUUCUAAUUAAGCAACGCCAGAAUGAACUGGACGGCGUUUAACGACACAGACGGAGGUUUCCACACCGGGAGCACGGAGACUUUCCACACGUGCUGCGGCACGAACUCCGGCUUUGGGCGUAGCGGCGCGCACGAGCGCGGCUCCUUCGCCCCGAACGUGGUGCAGGUCGCCGUGAUGUGCGUGCUCGCGCUCACCGUCGUCUUCGGCAUCUUCUUCUUAGGCUGUAACCUGCUUAUAAAAUCUGUGGGAAUGAUCAACUUCCUUGUCACGGAUAGAAGAUACUCCAAGGACGUCGAGGUGGUUAUAGUGAACUCGUAGUGGAGAGACUGGGAUUUGUACAUGCUGAUGUUGAGCUCUCAUAUGGAAGCUUGUGAUCCUGCUUGGAAAUCUUAUCAACACUGUUUGAACUUGCAUGCUGGUGAACAAAGAAGAAAGAACUUUAUAACCCCUUCAUCUGAAAGGACCACCUACACUGAGAAAAUGACAUGAGGUUCUUCGGAGUUAAUUAUUCUCCAUUAGCUUAUUUAUUAAGAACUGAAGAAGAUGGAAAAAAAAAUAAAAUAAAAUAAAACAUAAAACAAAAAAACAAAAACAAAAACAAAACCUGAUCAUACAGCACUUGUAGUGGGUCAGUUUGUACUUCUUAAAUGUGUUCUUAAUUUUGGCUGGAAUAGAGUAAUUCUUGACUCCACAGUAAUAACAUUUUAGCUUUGCUAAAAGAUGAUGAGGAUGAUGAUGAUGAUGAUUAUUAUUAUUCUUAGUACUGGAAAGACAAAUUAGAUUAUUCAUUUAAAUUUCCCAUCAUGUCUGGUAAUUUGCAUCCCGUAGGCUACAUUUUAUGUAAUUGUUAUUUAACUUCUAAUAUAAUUAUUUCUUAUUUGAAAUUCUACUAAUUCUACUAUAUGAAAACUCCAGUCAUUUUUACUUCACAAUUAACCGACUAUAUAAUAAGUAAUCGGAUUGUUGUCCCAACAGCGUUGUAUAUUUUUUUAGCAUUCUACUGUAACACUUCACUUAUAUGAACUCAUUUUUCAAUGGUUUCACUUUCAAAGAAAUCAUAUAAUACAUGUGUAAUCUGUUAAAUUGCCAGAUUGUUGUGUAAAUUCUUAAACCUGCAAAUUGGCUCUUUCUUUUCUGUAAUAUGUAAUAGUUGUGUUCUCUCCUUGCAUUUGUGAUUACAGUGAUUCACUAUCA